GCCCGAGCCGCGGGGCGCGCGCGAAGAUGCACACCACGCAGAAGGACACGACGUACACCAAGAUCUUCGUGGGAGGCUUGCCCUACCACACCACCGACGCCAGCCUGCGCAAGUACUUCGAGGUCUUCGGCGACAUCGAGGAGGCGGUCGUCAUCACCGACCGGCAGACGGGCAAGUCCCGGGGCUACGGAUUUGUCACCAUGGCCGACCGGGCUGCUGCUGAAAGGGCCUGCAAGGAUCCCAACCCCAUCAUUGAUGGCAGGAAAGCCAAUGUGAAUCUUGCAUACUUAGGAGCAAAGCCAAGAAUCAUGCAGCCAGGUUUUGCCUUUGGUGUCCAGCAGCUUCAUCCAGCCCUUAUACAAAGACCUUUUGGAAUGACAGACAUGCUGGGACUGGUGGAGAGACUGGAACAUGCCGUCAGCCGGCUGGAGCUGCUGUCUGCUGGGUCACACAGAUCUCCUGGGGACUGUGGAGAGAUUAACGGUGUCAUUGAAGGUGUGGCGCCCUCUGUCGAGGCCUUUGAUAAGCUGAUGAACGGCAUGGUGGCUGAGUUUCUGAAAAACAGUAGAAUCCUUGCAGGUGACGUGCAGACUCACGCAGAAAUGGUCCAUGGUGCUUUCCAGGCCCAGCGGGCUUUCCUUCUAAUGGCCUCUCAGUACCAACAACCCCAGGAGAAUGAGGUGGCUGCGCUUCUGAAACCCAUCUCAGAAAAGAUCCAGGACAUCCAGGCUUUCCGGGAGCGAAACAGGGGCAGCAGCAUGUUCAACCACCUCUCAGCUGUCAGCGAGAGCAUCCCCGCCCUGGGGUGGGUAGCUGUGUCCCCCAAACCCGGUCCUUAUGUCAAGGAGAUGAAUGAUGCUGCCACCUUUUACACUAACAGGGUCUUGAAGGACUACAAACACAGUGAUUUGCGCCACGUGGACUGGGUGAAAUCGUAUUUGAGCAUUUGGAGCGAGCUUCAAGCCUACAUCAGGGAGCACCACACCACAGGUCUUACUUGGAGCAAGACAGGUCCUGUAGCGUCCACAGCGUCGGUCUUCUCUGGACCGGGCCUUCCACCGCCUCCUCCACCACCACCUCCUCCAGGACCACCUCCACUUUUUGAAAACGAAUCCAGAAAUGAGCAGUCCUCUCCCUCUCGCUCAGCUUUAUUUGCCCAGCUUAACCAGGGAGAAGCCAUCACAAAAGGGCUCCGGCACGUCACAGAUGACCAGAAGACGUACAAAAACCCAGGCUUGCGAGCUCACGGACAAACCCGAUCUCCAGCCAAAACUCAUACUCCAAGCCCCACAUCUCCCAAGUGUCAGACUCCGCAGAAGCAUGCCCCAGUGUUUGAGCUGGAAGGAAAGAAAUGGAGAGUAGAGUACCAAGAGGACAGAAAUGACCUUGUCAUGACAGAGACAGAACUGAAGCAAGUGGCUUACAUUUUCAAAUGUGACAAGUCUACUCUCCAAAUAAAAGGGAAAAUAAAUUCUAUUAUAGUCGAUAACUGUAAGAAGCUUGGCCUUGUGUUUGACAAUGUGGUGGGCAUCGUGGAAGUGAUCAACUCCAAGGACAUUCAAAUCCAGGUAAUGGGGAGAGUGCCAACAAUCUCCAUUAAUAAGACAGAAGGGUGUCACGUAUACCUCAGUGAAGACGCAUUAGAUUGUGAGAUUGUGAGUGCCAAGUCAUCAGAGAUGAAUAUCCUUAUCCCUCAGGGUGACGAUUACAGAGAAUUCCCCGUUCCUGAACAGUUCAAGACAGUAUGGGACGGAUCCAAGCUGGUCACUGAACCAGCAGAAAUCAUGGCCUGACGUGAAUACCCGUGCCCGAGGGUCCUCCACCACGCAGCAUGAAGGAGCUGGAUGUCGCCACAGCACCUGUGCCCUUUCAGCUGCCAGUCUGCUGGGGAAAGAGCACCACGUCAGGCACGCCUUUGUGGGCAUUUUGAAAUAUUUGACAUUUCUUCAUGACUUGCCUUUGUGUGUGAUUUUAGUUCCACGGGAUAACUUGUGAGCACUGCAGGCUUAGAGGAAAAAAUCCUGUUCUACUUGUAUCCUGUACUCCAUGACUGAUAGGUAAACACCCUGCAUGGCUCGCCGCUACGCUUAUGUUUAAUCGCUAGUUAAAAAAUGAACUCUUUGAGAAUCUACAUACAUUUUUACCUCUUAGACAAUUUCAGUAUGAUGGAGUAGUCUUGUGACCUCAUAAAUAUAUGAUUUUUUUUUCAUUUUUACUACAUGUUUACCUUCAUCAGCAUGGAUUAGCUAUCAGCAUGAAUACAUACAUCAAUCCAUGUUAUUAAAAACAUGAGGAAAUUCUAUAGAAGGGCCAAACUUAGUUUCUUGGUCCUUAGAAUACCUAUAGUUAGAGAUAUAAAAAAAAAAAAGAAAGAAAGGUAAAUUCUAAUUAUGCAUCUUAAAUAUUUUUUCUCCGUGUCCUUUGAAAACUGUUGCUUUUCUGUACAUUCUUAUGCCAGGAGACUGGUAGGAAGAAGCGACUGGGUUUUGUUUUGGUUUUUGCUAUUUAAUACCUCACAGUUUUGCUCCAAGAACGGGUUAAUUUUUGUUUUUCAGUUUUGAACCUUUUCAAUACCAGAUGCCUUGUAGAUGUUUCCAGUGUUUUAUUGCGGAUGAAUUUCUUUUCCAACAGCCAGACUUGCUAACCAGUCUCAAAAAUGAACACAAAAAAAGCCAUAGAUGAUGCAUUACUUCUAAAACCUGGAGAACUGAUUGUUGGUCUGGCUUUUGGCUCCUGUGUUCUAGUCCUGAUAGUACAUACUUUUUCAAACUGAUUAACUGAUAUUCCUUUGUCUCCCCAAUACAUAGUGCAGAGAAGGCCGCAGCCCCUUGGGUUGCCUGUACGGAAGUGUGGUACAGGCCUUUCGGAACCAGUAAAGCUUAAGUGUGUGCCUCAGAGUGCUUUCGAAUACAUCGUUUCCGUUUUUUACAUACAGUGUUCAGAUCACUAAUGCUCAUGUUUUGCUAUAAACGUUUUGUCCUUAUGAAUAAUGUGGCUUUAGUAAAAAUCGUUUUUGAACUGUAAACUUAUUCUGAAAUAAAGCAAACUUCUAAUUGUUUAAA